AUGGCAUUUCAAAGACCACAUCCCAAUCGAAUAUCUCGUGGGCCAGCAUCUAAUCGGGAAUUGGAACUGGAACACGUAAAUCAAGCUUUGAGAGAUGAGUUAUCUAACGAAGUUUCAAUCAAUAGAUCGAAUGAAAAAUAUAUAAAGGAUCUAGAACGUAAAUAUACCCGAUGUGAGAAUGAAAUUCAAUCUCUCAAUAAAGAACUGGAACGGCUCGAGAAUGCUUCGGAGGAAGAAAAGGCCGAUUUGAGAUCGGAAAUAUCAUCCCUUAAAAAAAGCUUAUAUCAAGCUAAAAAAGAGGUCCGAGACAAGAUAUCUUAUAUCGAUAAUAUAGAGAAACAAUUACAAGAAUCAGAAGAUCGGAUUCAAAAUAUAAGGCAUAGAUUCAAAGUUAUUUCUUCUCGAAGAAGCUCUCCAAGUUUAUAUAAUUCAGAAGAGGAAAAUACAGAUAUGGCGAAUCUUGACCUUUUUAUACAAAUCGAUCGAGGGUUGACUCGUAUUGAAAAUCAUCUUAGAGGUGCUGGAACACCAUUAAAUAAUCCUAUAAAUAUUAUAAAUGGUAUUAGAGGUUCCUUAAAUGCUGUUCGUCUUAAUUAUCAGUCUGCAUACCAGGAUAUAGAUGGUGUUAUAACCCAACGAGAUAAUAGAGAUGCUCAAAUAGUCCAGCUACAACAGGAUGUCAAUCUCUAUAGACAACAAAAUAUCGCUUUACAAAAUCAAGUUAAUCGGCUUACUCAAGAACGAGAUACCUUCCAAGCUCAGGUAGUCCAACAACAUCAAAACCUUGGGUUAUUGAAUCAGCAAAAUAUCGUUUUUCAAAGACAAAUAGAGGAUAUAGAAAAAUCUCGCAAUUUUUGGAAGUUGAAUGCUAUCCUUAUUAAAGCUCAAAAAGAUUGGCGUAUUAGUUCAUUGUUACAUCAACAAUUUGCAUUACAGCUUCUGAAUAAACGAUCAAACCAGCAAUUGGAACAGCAGUUGUGGCGAUAUUCAGUAUCAUCCAGUAAAGGUCGUGGAAAGGAUAAUUACUCAGGCAAUACAGGUAUGACCGAAACUCAAGUUAAAAACUUAAUAAAAUCUGUUAUAGAAUCCACACAAUCUACAUCUUCUAAGCCUCAGGAAGAACAGUCUAAUCAAAUUACGCUUUCACAAAAUGAUUUCAAAAAAAUUAUAGCAGGUUUGAAAGGAACUAUUGCUAAAGGACAGCAAACUUUGAAGAAACCUUCUGGACCAGGGAAACAAAAAGCAGAUGAUCUUGCUAUGAACCGUUUUUUAGAUAAUUUUGAUAAUACAGGUUUACCAGGAGAAGAUUAUGACUAUGAUCCUAUUGAAGAUUUGAGACAACAAUUUGAGGAGAUGGGGAUUAAUCAAGCAAAAUUAACUCGAGCAGUACACGCGGUUUUAAAAUCAUCACAAUAUAAAUGUUCAAA